AUGGCGCACCGAUUUGAGCUGAACAAACAAGCAAUAUAUUUAGAUAUAGAUAUGAAAAAUGAAAGAAUUAUUGGUAACACAAAUAUGAAUGUAACUCUUUAUAUGCCUAUUUAUUAUUUGUAUGAUAAAAAUGAUUUUGAAAAAAAUAAUUUUGAUAUUAAAAAUGUGAAAAUUUGUACUAACAUACAGUAUCCAAAAGGAGGGGAUGCUGAAAUUGAUGAACAAAAUAUUAACGAAUUUGAAAACUAUAAUAAAAUAAACAAAUAUAUCAAUGAAAAAAAACAAAAUAAUUAUGAAAUAAAUAAUGAAAACCCAACUAACGAAAUAACAAAUCAUACACAGUUAGACAUAUUGUCAUAUACUCAAUUAGAUCAAAUUGAAUCUUAUAUAAAAUUUCAAAAAAAUAAAUAUAUUUUUUUAGUUAUUCAAAUACCAAAUAAUGCCAAACAAGCCAAAUAUUAUGAUAUCAAAAUAAACGGAAAAGAAGAAUUAAAUUAUUACACAAUAUAUGAUAAUCCAAAUUAUAAACAAAAUAUAUUUGAAAAUAGUGAAAUGGAAAAAUAUGCUCCUAUUUAUAAUUUUAUACCCCCAAAUAAUCCUCAAAAUUUAAAAAACGAAACAAAUAUAAAUACAAUGCAAAACAACUACUCAUCCGCUGCUAGCUACGAUAAUAAUACGAUAAAUGAAGAUAUAAACCAAUAUUCAAAAAAAAAAAAAAAAAUUAAAAAAAAAAAAAAAAAGGAAAAAAAAAAAAAAAGAAAAUGGAAUAAUGAAGAAAAUAUCUAUAAUUAUGAUAUAAAUACUAAAUCCAGUUAUACACACAAACAAUGUCAAGAUAUUUAUUAUGAAGAAACACAUAUUAACCAACAUCAAAAUUAUAAUCAACAUUUAUAUAGAGAUCCAAAUUAUCAAUUACAAAAAAACAAUAUUGACAAUUCCCCUUCAAGUGAUAUUUAUAAUAAUACUAAAAUCCAAAAUUGUGAAGAAAAAAAAAAAAAACUCAAAUUUAUUAAAAAAAUAAAUAAUAUCGAUAGCUUUACUCAUAAUAAUUUACAAUAUCCUGAAUUUAAAAUUGUAGACUUUUUAUCUUUAGAUAAACUCAUAGAAAAAAAUCAUAUGAAAGGAAAAAAUUAUUUAUUUAUAAUGAUAGAUAACAAAAUAUUUGACAAAGAAAAAAAUAAUAAUUUUGGCGAGUUUUGUAAUUUUUGUAAAAAUGGUGAAACUAUUCAAAUAAAUAAUAAUAAUGAAUAUAAUGUAAAGAUAAACAUUAGUGUAAAUUUGUCUUUUCAAUUUUUUAAUUUAAAUUCAUAUCAAAAUCAAAUAUAUUUUGAUAAAACAAAAAACCUUUUAAUUAGUAUAAAUAAUUAUAUUAAAGAUAAAACAUGGUUCCCUACUAUAUAUCAAUCAUAUAAUAAUGAAAAUUCUAUAAAUAAAAAUAAAUGUGCAUGGAAAAUUAAAUGUAUCAUUGAUAUUCCAUACUUUGUUAUAUCUUCAAAUACAUUAACAAAUAUAUAUCAAAAAGAUGGAAAAAAUUAUUUUGUAUAUAAAACUACAAAUAAAAAUUCUACAUUAUUUCCUGAUCAAAUAUGUCUAUAUGCAGGAAAUUUUAACUUUUUGCAUUUAAAUUACAUAAAAUUGAAAGAUACACAACAUAUUAAUUAUAAUUUUUUGUAUAAAAAUGAAAAAAUACAUUAUUCUGAAAAUCAAGUAAAAGAAAAAAAUAAAAAUAUUAAUUUCUCAAAAAAUUAUUCUGAAAUUCGAAAAGGGAUUAAUACAAUAAAUAAUAAUUACAAUAAAAAUGAAUCAUCUUUAGGAAAUACAAACAAUAAGUAUGAUAUUUAUAAUUUACCUUCUCAAAAUAGUGAUUCAUAUUUCGAAUGGUUUUCAGAAUCUAGUUUAUCAAAUAUUUCUGAUCAAUCUGAUUCUGAAUUAGCUAGCGAAAAAAAAAAGCGAAUUCAACCAGAAAAUUUUCAAGUUAGCUUUGCAGAUUCAGAAACAGUUUCCCAAAUCAAAAACGGGGAAAAUGAAAAAAAGGCUCAGAAGUACUAUUAUGAAAAGAUAAAUAAUAAACGCGUCCCAAAUAUUUAUGCAUUUGCAGAUGCAGAAAAAAACGAAUUGGCAUAUUCGACAACACACACAGGAUAUAUAUUAAAAUGCUUCUUAGAAAUAACAAAAGAAAAUAUAAUGUAUGAUAAUAUUAUUAUUUUAUUUUUACCCAUACAUUUUACAUAUUUAGAAAAUUAUUUCCAUUCUGAGGAUAUAGAAAGUAGUAUAAGUUCACAUAACUUUUAUGAUAUAAAAAAUGGAUAUAAUUUAUUUAGCAAUAAUAAUAUAUUAAAUAGUAAAAUAACAGAUCCAUAUAUUUAUUUUAAAAGUGGAAAAUAUUUUAUAUAUGGAAAUGUAAUCAUAUUUUCAUCACAAUUAUUACAUACUAUAUAUGAUAUUUUAUUUAAUAUAAAUGUCUAUUCUUAUAAAAUGAUUUUUGCAGAAGGUAUAUUGUCUGUUUGUUUUGAUUAUUAUAUAAAUAAAACAAAAUAUCAAGAUUCUUAUUUUGUAUUUAUGUUAAAAUUUUAUAUUUUCCAAAAAUUUAUUGAACAAAUUUUUGGAUUAAUAGAAAUGAAUGCUAUACUUUUUGAACUUCGAGAAAAAUAUUGUUCUAUAGUUGAAUUAUUUGGUGAUAUAAUUAUUUCGAAGCCAAAACUUUAUUAUACAUCAUAUUAUUUAUAUAAUCAAAAAUACAUUUCCAAUAAUUUUAUUUCAAACGAUUACAUUUUUAAUAAUAUUUAUUUCAUAAAAUCUUUUUUAUGUAUAAGAGCAUUUUUCAAUAUCCUUAAAAAUUUUAAUUUUUCUGAUAACAUUCAUCAAUAUUGUUUUUCUAUAUUUUUUUCUUAUUUUUUCAAUGAAAGGAAAAUCAUGGAUCCUGAUCUUUUCUGGAAAAAGAUACUUGAGGAAUGUAGACUGAGGUAUAUCGAAAGUUAUAAACAAAUUUACAAAAAUAAAUUCAAGAUAAACAAAACAGAUGCAAACAUAAAUGUAAAAUCACUAAUAGGGGAAGAACACGAACAAUAUCAAUUGUUUGAAAAAUAUUUUACUUAUUUUUUAAAUACUUUCAUAAAAGGAUAUGGAAUAGCACAAUAUAUACUCACCUUCAAUAUCCAUUUACAAAGAAAAGGAACAUCUAUGGAUGAUUUUAAUUUUUUAAUUAGUCAAAAUUAUAUUAAUCCAUUUUCAUUUAUUGAUCAUAAUUUUAAAUCCAAUUAUUUCUUAGCAGACAUAUCAUCUAUGUGUAUAUAUAAUUUAUUAGAACUAAAUAAAUAUAUAGAUUUACAACAUAUUUUGUUGCAAUUAGAUGGAUAUAAUAAUAAUAAUAUAAAAUUCGAUAGAGAUAUAAUUUUUUUAAAAAAAAUAAAAAAUAAAACUAUCAUAACUAAAAAAAUGAAAUCAUAUUUAGAUAAAAUAUAUUUUGAAAAUUUUCUUCAAAUACCAUAUCCCAAUAAUUUAUUUAAUAAUAUCGAAAAAAAAAUUUUAAUUUUUUUAAAAAAAAAAUAUUAUUACUAUAUAGAUCAUUAUUAUCAUUAUCCAAAACACAUAUUUAAUAAAAAAAUUAAUAAAAUUAUAUCCAAUUUUAUAUUAAAAAAAACAAAAAAAUUUAUAUUUGAUUCUUUUUAUAUUAUUCAUCCAAAAAAAAAUACUACAUUAUCUUGUAUAAAUCAAUUUACACAUAUCAAAUCAGAUAAAAGUUGUGCAGAAUCAUAUUACAAUCAAUCAUAUCCAACUAACAAUGUAGACAUAUUAGUCGCAAACGAUCAUAUGCCAUGUAUAAAAGCAGAAACUAUACCUACCAAUACUUUCUCAAAACACGAAAUAACUCUUAUCAAAAAUGAAAACAAACAACCAAUAAUAAAAACAAUUAAUAAGGAAAAAAAGAAAAAAAGAAAAGAAAGUAAACAAGAUAGACAGGAGAAAAAAAUGAGAAAAAUACAACAUGAAAAAAAUAAAGAUAGAAAAAAAAAAAAAAAACCAAAACCAAAAAAUGAAAAAAAAAAAAAAAAACUUCAUAAAUAUGAAUAUAAUGAAAUAUCACAAAAACAAUUUAAAAUUAAUAGAAAUUAUUUAUUAAAAAAAAAAAAAGAACUUAUAAAUUUACCAUACACUAAUUUUGAUAGUCUAGAUUUAGUAGGGCGAGAUGGAAAUUUCUAUUUAGGUUUUGGUUAUGUUGGAUCAAACUCUUUAUUUUUUAGUACUGGAAAAGGAAAUCUAUAUAAUAAUAUAAUAGGAUAUAAAAAAUAUAUGAAAUGUGAUAUCAGUAAAUUAAGUGAAAUAUGUAUUGAUAAACAUCAUAUCCAUGAAUAUGAUACAUCACCUUUUUACACAAGCUCAUCUUAUUCAUAUUGGAAAAUUAUUUUUCGUUUAUAUUACUAUUUAAUAUUACUUAAUAAAAUCUCUAAAAAAAAAGAAUUUGUUAUAAUUGAAAAUAUUAUGUCUUUAAAAGAAAAAGAAGUGGAUAUUCUCGAUUGCAAUUACAGUGAUCAAGAAAUUGGAAGGAUAAAAAAAAAAAAAAAAAAAAAAAAAAAAAAUCAUAAAAUACGCAGUCAAAUAGAAAAAGGUGAUAAAUAUCAACUUCAAAAUUUAAAACAAAAACAUAUCAAUCAAAGUUUUACUUCUGAAUCGAAUUCAGGUAUUAAACCUCUAUGUACAUUUGAUAAUAAAGAACAUCAAACUUUAUAUAAUUAUUCGUCAAAUAUUAUGAGCAAACAAACAGAAAUGUAUUAUUCAAAUCUAGAUACAUAUUUACAGAAUAAUGCAAAUUAUAAACAACCAUCUACUUCAAAUAAUGUAGAUUUCGAAAAGAGUUUUCAGGAUAGUCAUUUUGAAAAACAUAAUAAAAUCACUGAUAUGUAUGAUCAUAAUAUUAGAAAAUAUUCUGAAAAAAAAAAAAUGAAAAAAAUAAAAGAAAAAAAAGAAAGAAAAAAACAACGAAGAAAAAAAGAAAAAAUACAAAAUAUUAAAAAUAUAUUAGAAAACGAUAAAAAAUAUUCUGAGUCUUAUAUAAACUCAUAUGUCUCUAAUAAUAUACCUCAAUCUGUUGAUGAAAAUAAAUUCUUUUUCUGUUUUUUAAAAUUAGAAGUUAUUGAAGAUGAUGGAAUACGAGUUAUAAAAAAAAAUAUCUUAAACAAUAUAAUACCAUUUCGAUUUAGUGUUGAUGCGAGGCCAGAAAAGGGACGAAAAAAAGUGGCUUUUAAAUAUGAAUCAUUAUUUGGAUAUAAAAAUAAUACAAAAAAUAAUAAUAUUUUAGGAAAUUGUGAUAAUAAAAAUAUUAAUAAUAAUCAAAUUGCAAUACAUAGAAAUAUAAAAAGUUUUUAUGAUGAUACAAUUGAUAGUAACUUUAAUAAAACUGUUAAAUAUAUUGGAAGAAUUAAUAAUAGUGAUAAAUAUAUGAUUGAUUAUUGUAAACAUAAAAUCAUGAAAAGGGAUAAAUCUUUAUUAUGUUUAGAUAAUAGAAAGCUUGUUUCUAAAAUUUGUAGUAAAAAUAAAAUACCACUUUUAUGGAUAAGAGUAGAUAACGAUUUUUAUAUUAUAGGCAGAAUUCGAAGAACACAAAGUGUAAGUAUGUGGAUUCAACAAUUAUUAAAUGAUAAUAAUAUUUUAGCACAAUUAGAAUCUUCCUUUUCAUUAGCUUUUAUUCCAUUUUUUUUUCUAAAUAAAAAUAUUACAUCUAAUUUUAAUGAAAGUAAAAAUAACUACUUUUUGGGACCAGAAAAACCUUCUACUAAUAUCAAUAAUAAUUCACUACAUUAUGGUGGCCUUGCUAAUAAUAUUGCAUCUAUCGGUUCUGAUCAAAAUAUUGAUCACUUAGAUCCAGAUAGCAUCCUUGCUCAUAACACACAAAAAGAUAAUCACACAGAUGUAGAUGCUGAUUUUUUAAAAUUUUCUGCAACCAAAAUUAAAAACAAACAAAAAAAAAAAAAUAAUUCACAGAAUAAUAACAAUUCCGCUGAUCCCGCAAUUUUUCCUUUUAAUAAUAUUACUUCUAACAUUUUGGAAAAAUCAGAUCAAUCUUUCUCUAUGCUUAAUGAAUCAUACACAAUAGAUAAUGAUAAAAACAGAAAAAUCACCACAAAUACUGCUAAUAAACAUAUGCUAAAUAAUUUUAUGAAUCCACACCAACAAGCUGCUCAAAUGGAUUUGAACAUGAUAAGAAUGUCCCACAUUAGUAAUAAACAUGAAUUUACAAAUAAUAGCAUAUAUAAUAAUAUACAAAAUGAUUUACUAAAAGUUGAUAGAUAUUAUAGCCAAAGUAGUAGCUCAAAUGUAGAUUCAGAUAGCCAUGAUUUAAAUUUCACUACAUCUACCAUUGAUGAUUUAAAUGAAGAUGUAAAUGGUUUAGAAAAUUGUAAUUAUUCCUCAUCUAGUUACAAAACAAAAGAAAAAAAAAACUAUAAAACAUAUUACAAAAAAAAUAUAUCAAUCUCUAAUAUGCCAAUUAAUAUAGAAAUUAUUAAAGCUUUAUAUAAAUCUAUCACUUCAGAGUAUUUACAUUAUAUAGUUAAAAUUAGAUGCAUAUAUUCCUUAUGUUUUGUUCACAAUAAAUAUAUUUAUACUCAAAAAGUUAUUCAAAAUAUAUUUUUAGAAUAUUUUAAUCAAAAUUUUCCUAAAGAUUUGAAUCAAAAAAAAAUUAUGCAUGCCUUUUUUAUAGCUUUAUCACUUUUGAGAAAUAAAAAUAAUAGAACCCCCAAAAUUAUACUAUUUCUUCUUAUAAAAAAGUGUUCAAAUUUCGUUUUAUCUUUAAAUCUUCACAAUAAUUAUAAUCUAACACAAAAUACAACGCAUUCUGAACAGGAUAAUAUAACUAGCCAUAGAUACAUUUCUAAUAAUAUGGGAGCUGAUAAUUAUGAAUAUAUUGGAAAUAAUACAAAGACUAAUAAUUUUGGCAAAUUUUAUUCCAAUCCAAAUCAAGAAAAUGUUCAGAUAAAUACCAUUGGUAAUGCAUCACAAUCAAAUUUCUCUUUACAAACAAUAAAUAGUCAAUUUCAAAGUUCUAAAAAUUAUAUAACAAAAAAAAAGGAUGAAUACAAUAAUGUGAAGACGGGUAUUGAUUACACAAAAUAUUGCACAAAUAAUGAACACUGGGAUUAUAAAAAAAAUAUUGUGCAAAAAAUUUCACAAAUUACAAAUCAUAAAAAAUUAUGUACAUGCAAUAAAAAUAUUCAUAAAUUAUGUGAUUCUUGCAAAAAUGACCCGAAUUGUUCAGGCAAAAAAAAAAAUGUGCAAUAUAAUCAAAAUAAAGAAAAUCAACAAAAAAUUACUUACGAUCCUGAUUUAAUUAUACAAAAGGAAGAGGAAGAAGAUAUAAAAAUGGUGUUGGAAUGUAUAGGAAAUAUUAAAUUUAAAAAUCGAUGUUUAUUUGGUAAUCAAAAUAAUAAGUUUAACGGAAUAAUAGAAUAUCAAACAAAUUCCACAACUAACAUUAAUAAUAUUUCUAAAAGUAGUAACGAAUAUUUUUUUUCCCAAUAUUUCAAAAAAUUGGCCAAUAAUAUUAACGGCAUCCCAACAGGCACUAGUUAUACAAACAAUUAUAUGAAAAAAAGAAAAAAAAUGUACCAUGCAUAUGAUUUUUAUGAUAUAGAUAUAUAUGACGGAGAAAAAAAAGUAGAAAAUCAUUUUUUAAAAUUAAGAAAAACAAAAAAAGAAUAUACACAAGAUUUAAUUGAUUUAUUAUUUUUAAUAUAUGAAUUAAAAAAAUUAUCUCCAUAUCUUCCUAUAUCAGAUACAGUUAUAACUAUAUUAAUUAGAUCGAUUAGUCGAAAUAAAAAUAUUCUAGAUCUAUUUAGAAAUAAAAUGUAUAUAGAAAAUAAAUGUUACUUUGACAUGUGUGCAUAUUUGCCUAAUUUUAUAUUUCAGUCGAAAUUGCUAAAUUUUAUUGAACAUAAAAAUGCGAACAAUUUUACUAUAGAAAUGAUCAGAGCUAUUUUACAUUUAAUCAUGACUGGUAACAUACGAGUAUAUAAAAUUUAUUACAAAAUAAAUGAAUUAUUAGGAUCUGGAAUGGAGAAUAUUAUUUCUUCACUUAAAAAAAACAAUAAUAUUAUGAAUAAUACAGUAAAUGAUAAUAACUUAUUAGAUAUACCAACAAAAAAAGAAAUCUCAAAAGAUGAAGCAAACAAUUUUUCUAAACCUCAUGGAAAGUGUGAAAACACAACUUUUAAAGACAUAAAUAAUGAAAAUGAAAAAAACGAGAAUUAUUUUUUUGUAUCAACAUAUACAAACUUUAUAGAAAGAAAAGUUAUCUGUAUGCAUUUACUAAAUAUGUAUGCAGCCAUUCAAUUUAUUUCUCAAAUUGUAAAAAUUUUUAAAAAUUGUGAAAUCGAAAUGCUAAUAUGGAAUAUUUUUUAUCAGCUACUUUUAAUAUUUCAGCAAAAAUAUCCUUUUUUCUUUUUGCCUUUUUCAAAGUUGUUCAAUAAAUAUUUUAAAGAAUAUCAAAAAAAAAACUAUACGAUUUUCGAAUUUUUCUAUUUUUUAUAUGGACUUAAUUCAAUUAACCAGUAUGAAAAAGCUAACAAAAUUAAUGACUAUAAUAAUACUAGCGAUUUUGAUGAUGAUAAAAUAAAGAUACCUUAUAUUAAUAAUCAAUACAAAAUGCACACAAACAAUAAAUUAACAUGUGACUAUGCCUUACGUAAUAUCUUAUUUGAAGAAACAUUUACAAAUUAUUCAUCAAAAAUUAAAGAACAAAAUAUUAUUAUAUAUAAAUACGAUAUUAUAGGUUAUAUACCAUUUAUAAACAUUUUAAAAUUUAUUUCCAAUACAAAAAAAUUAAAAAAAAAAUUUAUACAAAUAACAUAUAUAAAAUAUAUAGUUAAAUAUAUACAUAAUUAUUUUAGAGAAUUAAUUAUUGACACAUCAAAUUUUAAUGAAAAUUAUUUUAAAAAUUCUAUAUUACAUGAUUUAAAAAAUAUAUUUGUUUUUUUAUAUGGAUACGGAAUACCCCCAUGUUACUCGAAAACUAUUCCCCCCAUAUACCUUCCUCAUUAUAAGCAAUUAAAUGAUACUACAAAAAAAGGUGUGCAAAUAAAUAGCCUCAUCAAAUUUUUGCGAACAUACUAUAACAACGAAAAAUUGCUAAAAUGGAAAGUAGUUGCCUCUGAAUUUGUAAGCGUGCUGAAAAACAUGCCAGAACUUAAAUUGUUUAUAGACAAUCCCACAACAUCUCUUUAUAACUUUAACUUCACAAAAGAAAGUAUUUGGUUGUCAUUGAUUAGUGAGAAGUUAAAAAACGACAUUUAUAAAUUGCCAAUGGACUUAAAAAGAGAUAUCAUUCUUUUGUUAAAAAACAUUCGUUUAGUUGAUAUAUGUUUAGGUACUAAUACUUAUGAACAUGUUAAUAAUAUUUUUACCGUCUGUUGGUUUAUUAUAGUAAAAAUAUUUCAAAAUUAUGAAAAAAGCAAAAAAAAUGUAUGA